AUGCGUCACAAAGCUGCAUUCUUUGGUUUAAUGAUUGUGGGGAGCAUUUGGCUCCUCCUCCCAUCGUUCUUGACUCCUGUCACCCUGUUGUUUGAAGAUGCUUCGGCGGAUCUCAUCCCUGCGAGUGAACUCGCCGUCGUUAAUGGCAGCAGUAGGCCGCUAAUGAUCCCCAAAAUUCUCCACCAAACCUACAAGAAUGAGACAAUUCCAGAUUCGUGGAAAGGUGCACAGCAAAGCUGUAUCGAUUUGCACCCAGACUAUGAAUAUAUCUUGUGGACUGACCGGACCGCCCAUGAGUUCAUCUCCACCCACUAUCCCUGGUUUCUCGACACUUUCGAACAUUAUCCAUAUCCAAUCCAACGCGCAGAUACCAUCAGAUACUUUAUCCUCUCGCAUCUAGGCGGGAUCUACAUUGACAUGGACGACGGCUGUAACCGUCGAAUGGACCCCCUCCUGACCUUUCCCGCCUGGGUUCGCCGCACCACCCCCACCGGCAUCUCCAACGAUGCCAUGGGCUCCAUCCCGCAACAUCCAUUCUUCCUGGAAGUGAUCGAGAGCCUGCAGUCCUACGACCGCUCAUGGUUGUUUCCAUAUAUUACUAUCAUGUCCUCGACCGGGCCACUGUUUUUGUCCAUCAUAUGGAAGAAGUACAUGCGUCGGUCUCGACCACUGGACGAGGCGAGUCGAGUGCGGGUCCUGAUGCCCGAGGAGUAUAUGAAUCAUCCGUGGAGCUUUUUUACCCAUCAUGUGGGAAACAGUUGGCACCUAGAUGACGCGAAGAUAAUAUUCUGGGUAUGGGACUUUUCAUUUCUCUCUCACCCUAUGGGAGCUCACUGGCCAAUUGUCACCGUAUGCGGCCUUCUUGUUAUAUGCCUGGUGGGAGUGUGUCUGUGGAUGUUAUAUUGUCGACUCGUUCUGCUUGUCUCAGGGCGUCGGUAUCAGUCUACACUGCUAUCGACAGUUGCACUGUCAUCUUGGCACUCUCGUCGUCGAUUUGCCAUGGUUCGGGUGGUAAAGCGCUGGUUCAAGUCUCCGAGCUAUAUGGAGGACGAGGAAUACCCGCUUUACCGCUCUUCCACUGAGAGGGAUGAUUGA